CUUAAAAUUUUUUCGGACAAGUUGAAGUUUUUGGAACUCCGGAAUUUACAGGCAAACGAUGUGGUUAUAUGUGGCAAGGGUAUCACUGUACUAGUGUUUCAUAAUGUUACAUGCUCCUCGAGAACUAUUUUUAUUCACUGCCCAAACCUUAGAGAAUUUCGACUUUAUUGUCAAAAUCUCACAUAUUCUCUUGUUCUCCAAAGAUGUUUUGGUCUCCUGAGAAGUAUUACUGAACAUGGAGAAGCCUUUCUUUCUCUCCCGGAUUUGUGCUUGUUAUGCACUAAAUUAGACUUGAACAACAUGGAAGACGCCAUUUUACUCUCUUUAAUCUUCAGAUCGAGUGUCCAUCUACAAGACAUCGACAUUAUAAAUCGGGCCAGAUCAAAUUCUAGAAACGUCCAACUUCCAUAUGACGAGUCUAUGUUUUGGGAAAAAACAGAAUUGUUCGAUAGUAUAAAGCAUCACCUCAGGGUAGUUUGGAUAAGGGGUUUUGCAGGAAGAGAGAGAGAAAUGAGGCUUGCUUCUCAUCUCAUCCAGAAUGCUACUAUGUUGGAGAAAAUUGUGAUACAAUUGUUCGGGACAAGAAGCACUGACCAUGAGGAUCUUGCAAUAUCUGCCAAAGGCCUCCUUAAAUGCUGCUGUAAUCCUGAAACCGCCUUCCAUGUUUAUAACCGAGGUUGGUGAUGAUUUUGAUUAUUGGGUUUCGACACGUCAAUGAUACUGUGUUGAACAUCAUUUUUAAUUUCAAAAUUUAUUUUAUCAUCAUUAUCAUAUGGAUUAUGGGGAAAGAUACGUUAGUAUGAAAAGUGUACAUGCCUAGUUGUUCUGCUAUUUGGGAGAAGUUCAAUUUGAGAUUUUUUUUUGCAAGAGAACGGAAUAUUUAGCAAUAUGUAUGGGCUAAUCUUUGUAAUAUUUCUAACUCUCGUUACUUGCAUGCUGGAAGCAAUGUAAGAAAAUUGCAACUUGAAUUUCAUUAAUGAAUUUUGCACUUGAAACUUUUGUGACUGCA